AUGCUGUACUUCGAUGACUUCAUGGAAGAUACGGUGAACCCUCUGAACUUGAGAAUCAGUGCAUUUUUCGACAAUUGCAAAUCAUCAAGGCUUUCUGAAAGGGAGAAGGAUGUCGAGUAUGAUCAAAUACUUAAGUACCAAAAGGUUAUGAAAAAAUUAGACUCAGAAUUAGAGAAGUUUCGUCUGGAGUUGGAGGCGGAUAACUCUGGAGUCACUUCAAAAAUUGAACAUCGUGUUCGAACUAUUCUUGGACGGAACAUGCCUGGAGUGAGUCGGCUGGAGAAGCGCCGUGCGAAGUUCCGCAGCGGUCAUUUUUUUAACAACAACCGUGCCAUUUCAAAGAGGAGGAUGCCCUUCUCCAUGGAAUUGCCGGAAAAGCAAUUUUACGUACUUAAGCGUCGGUUUGCAGCUUUUGAUACCCCAAUGAAUUUGCCCCCGCCCUCCUCCUAUGGUGGUAAUGGGGGGCCAUUUAUGGUCGAAGAAACCUCGAAUCCCCUUAUGUCGGAAAGUAACAAUCGCCUUUCUUCUUCUGACGUCAUGCGUCGUGUUCCAAGUGCGGGAAGUCUCAAUUCGAUGGAUCAAAAUAUACCAGACCAUGACUUCGGCACCUUUCAGGGAGAUUCUCAAGAUUACUGUGAUGAUGAUGAAGACAAUCUCCAACUUAGUUUCGAUUCCACUAAGCGAUCUCGUGCGCUUGACACUCUGCAAAGGGCUGCAGGAAUCUCAAUGGAUCAUCACAGAGUUCACCACGGUGGGUCAUCGUGCUAUUCUCCCUUCGUGAAUACAUCGGACACAGAAGCAGUAACUCUCGCCGCCGGAGGCAAUGCUGUUGUCACAGACUCGUCAAUAGACGAGUUGCUGGCUAAUCCCACUGUGUCUGCGUCUCCAAGCCUCAAGUGUGGCGAGAGUCCCCGCUGGAUCGGAGGCGUGACCGCCAGUGUUGACAAAACUCGUCGCGUGGGUGUCCAUACCCGACGCCCCAGCCAAAUGAGUUCCUCCACCAUCGAUACUAACGACGAGACGGGUGGUUACGUGUCCUCAAGUGAAUUGCAUCACCUCUCACACUCUCACCGUUAUGCCUUAGCUCAGUCAUCGGCUGUACCAUUGAAGGAUCAGCAGCAACAACAACAAAGACAGCAACAGGACUCCCAUGUCUCAGCAACUGCUGGUGGUGCCGUUGACGAGAGCAAGUACUGCUUCUGCAAAGACGUCAGCUAUGGAGACAUGAUUGCCUGUGACGCCCCUAACUGUCCGAUUGAAUGGUUUCACUACCCCUGUGUAAACCUUACUGUAGCCCCAAAAGGUCGAUGGUAUUGCCCAAUAUGCACGGCCAACGGUGCUGCUGGUUCAAGGUUUGCUGGAAUAGCUUCUACUUCAAGAAAAAGGAUGAGCCGCCGAUAA